AUGUAGCAAACCUCAUUCAUGAAUUUUCCACUCAUCCUGAUCAUUCCUGUAAAUACUUCCUCAAGUCUCCUAGUAUUCAUGGGACUUGGUGCAUAGUGAGUAUAUUUGCCUGGUAAGUUUGGAUAGGUUCAAUUGGUGAGACAUGGUGUGGAAGGAAUGUUCUGGCAUCCUGUCCCUUUCUUAUCUAUUCGAUGUUCUGCAUACCAGAGACCAUACAGUACAUCUGCAUACAAUGUAUACAUAUAGUAUGCAUAACAUAGGCCUGUCAAACUACCUUCAGUAUUCCUGUUUUCGAAAUGCCGCGUUGGGAUACAUGGAUGAUAUUUACAGAGUUCCUGCGAUACCGUGUGGCCUUUGGCACUAACAAUAAACCGAAGCUGUGCCAAAAGUGACCUAUUAACUAAUAUCCAUUUGAAAUGACGCAGCUUUGAACAGAAGAAGUCGGAAAAAAAUUCUAGAUUUCUCCGGUUAAUUUCUUUAUCUGGGUGUGACUGGCAAGGAGUAUGGGCUUUUCUGCUUUAGUCAAAUUGCAGAGUCGUACUAGAUAAGUCUAGUCCACUGACAAUAGACAAUCACAGUGGUAACAUGGUUAUUUUUCUCAAGCUUUGCUCGCUAUGACUGCUUGCAGGUGAUAAGAUGCAAACCAUCCGUCCAUAGAACUGACUAUCACUGCUUUAGGCUGGCCAGAGGAUGUAUGAAUGUGGCGGUGAAGAGCCUCCAACCAAGGUUUUUCCUGACUGGUUGGAAAAUGUUGUAUCAGAGUUCAAGAAACUGUCUGAUAAGGAACGAAAUGCCACCUUUGAAGCUCUGAUUGACAACUCUACUUCGAAACAGUAUUUGUACUUGAGUGAGAAACUUGGCGAUUUGCUGACGCGUGAUUUUCUGCGAAUGCUUCCAGCAGAGCUCAACUAUAGGAUUCUUUCCUACCUGAGCCCUGACACUUUGUUAUUGAGCUGUUUGGUGAGUUCGUCGUGGAAUAAGGUCAUCUGCAGCUACCAACAUGGCUGGAAGGAUGCAUGUGUCAGUAUCGGAGCUCGUCUCCCAAAGCUGAAUGUCGACUUCAAAUCAUUGUACGUUAUUCAAAAACAGCAGCUCGAGAAGAUACGAAGAGGGGAGACAUUCGAGACAUCCAUUCUUGAAGGCCACAUUGGUGGUUCCUCUGCUUUCUUUCACUGGAAUGGGAAACUAGCUACAGGUGGUACUGAUGGUAAUGUGCGAAUAUGGGAUGUUGAGAGUAGAGAAUGUCUGCAGAUAUUCGCAACUGGUUGCUCUGUAUCAUGUGGAAAAUUUGACGAUUCCAUCCUACUGACGGGGAACUACUCGGAUAAAAGUAUCGUCUGCUGGGAUAUGCGCACCUGUGAAGAAAAACAUCGGUUUGUUGGUCACACGAACAGUGUCGAGUGUAUGGACUAUGACACGGAAAUGGACAUGUUGGUGUCUGGAUCGCAUGACCUGUCUUUGAAGAUGUGGAAACUAAGUACUGGACAGCUGUUGAGUACCAUGGACAGUCUACCAGCAACCCCAAUAGCUGUUCAUUUCAUGCCCGACAAGUCCGAGCCAAUAGAGACGAGGCCUUGUUCCGAAUGUGCCUACACAAUCGUUUCUUCAUUUCGCACCUACAACGUCCGCUUCUAUCAUUAUCAUGCCUUCUUUUUACGUCUCAACUGUCGUCAUCGGGUGAUUGUAAAAUGUGAUUUGAAGAAUCUGACCACUGCUUAUGAUUUGACGUCAUUAUCUUUUGGAACCCUCCGUGCUGAACUGGCUGGAUUCCGAGCCAAAACAUCUCGUCUUCCGUCUCUGAGCGACUUUCAAACGAUAGAUAGCCUCCUGCCUCAUGAGAGGGUUUACUUUUCCUCAAUGUCAAGUUACAGCGAACAUUUUGGUGUGUGUUUUGUUCAAAAUGGAUCGCGGAACCUAGUGCUCUUCAAGCGUCACAAUGGCCAGGAAAUCACCAGAGUGGAAGUACCCUUGUUCUGCAGGUAUCAGAUAUUGCCAGGCAGUGACACGCUGGGAUCAAAGGACUGGAUGAGUGGAAUGGACAACAGGACCUGUAAAGGCCUUUUAUUUGCUAUAGGAACAUAUGGUGGUGAAGUCAUGGUUGUCAAGUGGAAAUCAGAGGAAUCAAGUCCAGAGAAGCCAGCACCUGUCCGCCAGAGAAAAGAGAGUCAAAUCAUUGAGUUGAAUCCUUCAAGGAGAAUCAAAUACCAAAUCAGUGACUAAUUUUUUAGAGGCUUGGCACAUCCAGAUGAAUUUGGUUUUCUAAAAAAAUGGUGUAACAGUUAUGUAACUAUUGACUUGUGGUAUACAAUGCCAGAGGUCAAACCUGUUUGACCCAUACAGUUAUACUGUGUCCGAUUCUGGUGUAACAAUGUAUUACUGUACUUGGAGAGUCCCAACAUUUUAACUCUUUUGUAUCACUGCCACUUAUGUCACCUAUCUUUAACACACAUACGUUAUCACUCAUUAAAUGGUUGUCAGUCAACACCCUCAACAUGCUCAAUGUAUACAUUGUAUUGCACAAUGUCCCACCUACCGGCAUGUGUCAGAAAGUUGGUUGUUGUCAUGGAAAUGAGCAAACUAUUGAUUAGAAAGUGACGUGUAAGAAAUCUUUGGCACAAAUGCCAGUCUGAGCAUUACAUCACACAAGCCAUUCUAUUCCCCGAUGUUCAGGAUUUGAUUAUCUUGCAGUUGGACAGUGUGUCAAAAAAUAUAUUUGCUCAAAAAUAUUGAUGAUAAACAUAUUGUUGGACAAUGUUCAAGUUGUGCUGUAGUUAUUGUUAAAAAGACAUGUAAACAGAUAUUUGAAUAAAAUCAAUUCUUUUUGUGGCUGAAUGUCUUUUAGAAUAGUUUUGAUUUUCAUUACAUGCAUGUAGCUACAUGAAAUACUUGUAAUUUUUUGUUAAUUUUACAUAUUUAUACAUGUUUAUGAAUACAUUUGUAACAAAGGGUUAGCAAAAUUACUUUAUAAGAGUGAUUUGCACUUCAGGGCUCUCUGAAAUUACGUUUGUGUUCUACUUGUUCACUGCCAAUGGUUCACUGCUGGAUGUGGUUUACUAAAUUGUGAUGGCCCUUGGUUCGAAUAUUGUCUUUAUACCAUUAUUAGAAUAAUAAAGCAAUGAUAAGGAUAGGAAAAAGCUACAAGUAAAUCAGAAAUAACUCUUCUGUCAAGCUAUUGUUAGACUUGAGUCCACAUCAAAAACCUUUUUCUUUUGAAGAAGUAGGUUUUUGGUUUUUGCGUAUUUUAGCCAAACAUGUAUAGUAUUUGCAUUUAUGUAUAUCAAAUCAUAGAAUUGAUUUACCGUAGAAUGUCAAAUAUCAGAAUACUGAUGGUGUUAGGCUAUAGGACACUUAGAGAACAAGCCACAGACAAGUACAAGUAGUUAUGUACAAGUCGCUGCAGGGGAGAUGACCUGCUGGUUGUUCACCAAUCUGUUAGGAGUCUUAAGCUGGAUGAUUGUGAUAUCAAUUUUGUGUUGUAAAUCAUUCGUUGUCACAUUAUGAAAUAAAUGUGAUUUGUUGU